AUGGAAUCAUUAUCACUUUCAUCUACCACUUCACCACUCAUUAUACCUUCUGAUAUACCUUUACCCCCUCUACCCAUCAUCCAAGAUGUCGAUAUCCAAAGAAAAGUAUUCACCCAUUCAAGUUUCAUCGCGAAGCCGAAAUACUCCAUAGAGUUAUUUGAAAAUGACGAAGAGUCAAGGGAUAAUGAAAAGCUGGAGUUGAUUGGAGAUUCUUUGCUGGGCUCCUCUGUACUGGGAUUAUUGCAAGACCUAUAUCCUAAUUUAAGCGUUGGACAAUCGACAAGAAUCAAAUCUUCCCUGGUCAGCAAUCCAACCCUCCGUGAAAUAUGCAGGAGAUAUCACCUGAACGAAAAGCUCAUAGCUCCUCCUGAACAAUUACCAACUUUGAUCAAUGGUGAAAAAGUCUUAGCCAACUUGUUCGAAGCGUAUAUCGCAGGUGUAUACUACUCCUAUCUCAAACAUGGUCCAGCUCCAACUUCGUCAAACUCAACAUUACCUACUCCACCUAGAUCACCAAAUCAACAUGCUCAUUCACUUUCUCCCUCCUCGUCUUCCUUGUCGGUGUACAUAUCCGCAUCAGGGGAAGCUUCCAGUCCUACUCGUGGUCAGGCAAUAGAUCAUUUAGAUCUAUGGCUCCGACCCUUAUUCCAACCUAUCGCAGAAUCAAUGUUAGAUCAAUUAAAACAACAACAAAUCGCCAAACAUCUCUUGAUAGAGAAUGAUGAAGAUGUCAACACGGAUAAAAACGCCAUAGGAGCUAAUUCGAGAUUGAAUCAAUGGUUCAUAUCGAAAGAGGGUGGAAUGCCAGAUUACGCUUCGAGCACAGCUGGGAUGCAGGGUUGGAAAACUUUAUGUACGGCUGUGGAUAGAUACGGAAAGAAUUGGUACGGCGAGGCCACGAGAUCGACCAAGAAAGCAGCUAUGGCAGUAGCAGCGUACAAGGUAAUCGUUCAAUUCGAACAGGAAAGACCAGAUUUCAAGGCGUGA